UAGUAUAAAACGUGUUUACAGCUCCUUUUGGAGAAUUUGAGCUCAGUCCAUUCUGAUUCACAAAGUGUGAAAGUUCUAACUGUCCCUGACUACUAACCGGUACCAUGCAGGAGUCCAAGAGGUGGUAUGUUGAACUCUUCUCUCCCGUACCGCUGCGUUGGAGGCACAGAGCUACAGUACACCAUCUGACCGGCCCGAACUCCCUGACGCCGAGCCGCAGUGUGACGUCAUCGAGCCGCGACCUAACAGCUAGCCGCGAUCCCUUACCGCUGGACGCACUACAGGGACAUGUCGGCAGAUAAGAACUAAACAGAUUUUUGCACCUUACCAUCUACUAGCAACCUCACCUGCAAACUUGAAAAUUCUAGCCUUGGAAUAAAUGCUGUGUUAAACAUAUGGAUUUCAUCAGCCAAGACCAAUCUUUCGAUACAUAAGUGUGUUCUUCAUCUUGAACACAGCUGUAACAUGUCAGUAUUACAGGACAUUGACAUGGUCCAGAUGACCAGUCCAGAGCUUUAUAAUGUGUGGAAAGGACAGAUGCACAUCCAGGAACAGCUGGUGUGUGAUAUUGCAUUACAGUCCUCAAGCAAUUGCUGCAUUCCGGCUCAGCUGCCAUAUAAGCUGGAAAUAAAAGAAGUUAUAAGAUUGUCUGAACUAAGAAAAAACUUACCAGAUCAUAUAUUCCACAAUACUGAUUCCACAGGUCAAGAAGUGUGCUGUGAAAGGGUCUACUCCAGUCUCUACUCAGUAAUCACCACCAAUGUUAUUGGGCUAGAACUUGACAAGUUGCUGCAAUUGUUGAAAGACCACGACUUGGCUGUAAUCAAAGUAUUGAAUGACCAAGGAUUUCUUAUUUUGGUGGCCUCUUCUGCACUUAAGAACCACAAAGGUGUCGGUGAAAGCGAUUCUUCCCAACUUAAUGCCUUGUUUUUAUUUCCUCAUACAAAGUUGUUGGCUGAAAGAGGUAGAGAAGAAUGCAAGUUCAUCAGAGAUGACAUUUCAUUGCAGAUAUCUAAUCUGUUGCCGGGCCUUCAAUAUGCCUAUAUGGAAACAAGCCAGAUGCGUAAAAACAAAAACAUUUAUCCCGAUACUUUGAUGGAACGUUUUUUCAGAAAGUAUGCAUUUCUUCAAAGGGAGAGUCAAAGUCCCCCAGAGGUGGUGAUAGAGCAAAGUGACAGCCCUAGUCUAUUUCAUGGUCAUGAAAGUGACAUUACUGAGAAGUGUGGUCAAUUGGCCUAUGCACGUCUGCAGUUUUAUUUUUCAUCACCUGUAAAUUUUAGUGUUACACUAAAAAAAGUGUCCACCCUCUUAUCGGAGACUGCAGUCUCUAGUAACAGUGACAAGUAUGCCAAAAGUGGAGGCCAUUUAGUAGGGCAUGAUCCUGUAGCCUCAGAGGCUAAGCUGCCCUUGGCAGUAGAAGCUAAGGUUGGCAGUGAAAGCCCACAUGGAAGCAAUGCUUUACAGAGCAUAGCAAAGAGUUCAAAGAAAACCCCCCUGAAAAGAAGUGGAAGAAGAAGAGGAAAGAGAGGCAAAAGAAAACUUGUGCACCAAACUGCUCCAUCUUCUACUGAAACAGGUGAGAACCAGACUUCAAACAAGAGACGAAAGCUACUAUCUGAGGAUCAGAAACAAGUUGGCUCGUCAAGCAAAACAACUGUCAAACUUACCAUCGACCCAUAUCCACAGAGGAGAAAAAGAGGAGCUGAAAUUCUGACGGCAGCGUUUGUGCAAGACGAGAAAAUAAAAACAUCACAGAAGAUCGUUUUAAGUAAAAGAAUUGAGGAGUUCAGAAGCACAACUCCUAAGAGUAAGGUUGUGAAAAGAAGACCAAGGAAAAUAUUAGCACCUGAAGACUCCUUCCGUGUGCCGGACAGACCUCCCAAACGGAAGGCAUCUGAACCAGGCAAAAGAAACGAGCUCAAAAAUAAAUCUGAAAGCUACAAAAAACCGGUCGAGAGACACCGUGAAAAGAUUGGAAGGCCAUUUAAAAAACUAGAAAAAGUAAAGAAUGUUGCCACUGAGCAGAUCGACAGAUUUAGUAAACCUAAUGUAGAUCUUGGUUUAGAUGCUAAGAAAACCUCUCUUUUUACCCCGAGUCCUGAUGACAGUAUGAUUGAGAAAAGAAUAAACAUGUAUGAAUCAGAUGCUCUAAAUCUACUGGCAGACCUUGCUCUAAACUCCUUCUGUUCCGAAAACCCUUACUAUAUACAGGGUGAGUGUGUUGCACAUAAAGAUGAAUCAGAGACCAAGGAGAAGGCCGAUUCAGGUGACAAUAUAUGUCCUGUAGAACAUCCACCGAAAGACUGCAAGCACUCAAUACUUCCUAGUUCUGCAUCCAAGGAGCCUGAGCAAAUACUGGAAGCUGAAAAAGAUAAGCCUAAAGAUGGGAGCAAUGCCAAUCAGGGGAACAUUACAUCUCAGCGACAUAUAGAAUACAGUGAAAAACAAACUCCACAAAAAUUUAGUGUUGCAGCUGCUAAGGCGAAAGCACGGAGUAAUACCACAAGUAAAAUUAGCUUGGAGCAUUCAUAUUCUCAGCUUCCUUUAGACGACAUUUCAGAUAUCAUCUUCUCAAAGGAGAAAAAUGAACAACCUGUUCAGAGCAUUGUAGAGCCAACCGUCACAACUCCAACUACUGAGGUGGUGGUUGAGAAGUCACCGAAAGUAUUCCUUCCAGCAAAGAUUUUGUUUGUGGCUAGUGAAAAGUUGUCCCUGCCUGUGGUUAAGGUUAAACCGCGGACUGUGACAAAGUUGGAGGACAAGUUUGUUAUUACUUUCAACUGGGAUGCAAAGUAUGAUUUUGAUUUGGACAGCAAGUUUACCAGUGAUCCAUUGGAAAAAACUAUAAACAGAGCACUACAUGGAGAAUGGAAUCACCACUUAAAGGAGAAGGUGGAAGAUGUGAAAAUCAUCCUGCACAUGUGGUUAGCUCUGUUCUACAGCAAACCUAACAAGCAACUGAACUGCAGCUCACGGAAAGUGGUGGAGCACAGCAACCCUGCAAAAUAUGUCUCCAUCAACACUGUUCUUGACCCAUUUGAAUUAUAUGAAAUUGUGGAGUCUGAUGCUAUUGAGCUCUGCGCAGCAGAUACUGAGAAUUCCAAUGCAGUUGUGGGGAGAAAAAUUGAAACUUCUAGCCAAGGAAAGAUGCAGGAGUCGUCUCUAUUGCAUAAACUGGAGAAAAAUCAGAAUAAGACUCGUCCAGAAGAUUUAAGCAUUGAGUACAGCAUACCAACAAAGGAUUAUAAUAUAGAAUUGGUACGUGAAAUCUUCCAAACGUGUAAGAGCAGUGAAAGUGCAUUUUACACAAAUAGUCUUCUUACCACUGUGAAAUGCAAAAUGGCAGAAACGAGCAAAAGUGCUCCCCAAGCUACAAAUUAUAUGAAAGCAUUCAUUGGUGCCAGUGUUCCAGCUACAUGUUACAUCAGUGACACCAAGCAGUCUAACAGUGAACUAAGUGAUAAAUCUGAGAAUUGUGUGGAUAUUGUUGGUGGUUCUUCUGAAAAGGUGAGUUACAAAGGUAAUGAACAUGAAUAUUCCAAAAAAAUCCCUAUCGUAAAUGAAACACAAAGGUCAGGUGGUACAGAACAUGUCGGUAAAAUCUUAAACAAAGUCGCAGAAGAAAAUAAAGAAAAUGCUAAAUUAUACGAAAGUGCGAAUUCCCCUCAAGUGGUUAGCCAUACACAAAGUGAGUCUUCAACAUUGCAAAAUGUAAGAUUGCCUCAAGAGAAGCACGAAUCUACAGACUUGACUAAGUUACGGAUAACAUGGGACUAUUCUUGUGCUGAAAAUAAAAAUAUUGUAAAUGCUGAGGUACCAGCUACAGGUGUCUUAAAUAUUGACAUUACAAAUGAGAAUCUGGUAUCUAUUGAUCUUUCCAACCAAAAUGAUGGACACCCAAAACAUUUCGAUAAAGCAGAGGCAGAGCCGUAUUCUUAUGAAAGAAAGAACCUUUUGGAUGCCAGGAUGCAACUUGCACAAAAUGUGCAUUUAAAUGUUGACAAACCUAUCUCUACUAUGACGAUUACUGAAAACAAGGAUCUACUGAAAGCCUCCGUUAUACCUGUGUUUGAUGUAAAUGAGGUAAAACGGGUUGAAUCUACAUAUCUUACAUUACAGAAUGCAGAAGACAAAGAAUUGGGGAAAACUGAUCAGAACCUCAUUAAUAAUCAUUCUGCUUGUGAGUUGAGUGAAGGUUCAUCCACUCAUAUUAAACCUAUAAAUUCUCCUGUUUGUAUGGAUAUCCGCUCCAACAUGGAUGGAAAGGUUUUAGGAAGCAUUCAGUCUCAAGCAAAGGAAUGUGAGAAAUACAGGAAAGUAGAUGAAAGUGAACAUCUGACUACAAGUGAUGUGGUAUCACAGAAUAUAAUGCAGCAGAAAGCACUGGAGCUUACUGAAAGCACAGCCUCUAGCGUAGUCAUUGAUUUGGAUUGCCUUAGUAACUCGUCUCAAGUAGAUAAAGUAGGCUCUGCUCAGAGUGUAAAUACUACACCAGAAGAUCUAUUAGAACGAGUGUCAGAGCACUCAUCUGACAAGUUGGGGGAUUCUGAAUCAAAGGAGAAUUCUAAGCUUAUUACAAAUGGAGUACAUGAGAUUACAGAUGUUUUGACAGUGUAUUCUGGUUAUAGUCAAGAAAAUGAGCAUUCCUAUGUUAGCAAGGUGACUGCUGAGGGCACGAAGAAACCAGAAUUGAGGAUUACCACUGUUAAGACUUCAUAUGCAGAACAUACUGAUACAACGGAUCUAAAAUCUAGUGAAUGUGAGAAUGUAGAUGAAACUGGCAAAGGAUCACCUGAAAGCACUCCAGAACAAACAUAUAAUCGUGAAGAACAGACCACAAGCACUACAGUUGAAAACUCUGUUCUUACACUGCAUAAUGAUAAUGCUAGUAUCCCAGAAAAGAUUGACGGAGUUGAAGAGAGAGAGCAAGUGAUGGCGGUCCCUGCCCAGAGUACCCUCCUAUCUUCUGUGCUCUGUGUUGAGAAUACAAAUUCCCUUAGUGUAGCUUCUGCAGACACAGGAACAAAAGUGGUAAAAGCUAUGAAUAGUAACGUGAUUGACACAAACCACCUGCUUUCAGGCCAUAUGGAAGAAAAAAGCUCUAAAAUAUGUGGAGAGGUUACUUUUGGUAAAGAUAAACCACUCAUAGGCCAUGAAGAAAUGCCUCUUGUCAUUACAAACCAUUCUGUGAUUGAAAGUGUGAAUUCAGAAGGCAACAGCGACACAUUGGCAAUGGACGUUUCUGCUUUAGGUGAAAAGCAUGAUCUGCAGUCCGAUAUCCAUAGCAAAGAGUUGUCUGAAAGGAGUAGCCCUCUUAUUCUACAUCCGUCUCCUGACAAUAAAAGCAUUGAAAAUAACAUAUCUUUGGCGGGAGCCUUAAGUGAGAGAAAUAACCUGCCUGGCACUGUGGUAGAGGAAAUGCAUGUUCAUACUUUACUGGAGAACAUCGAAACAUUAAAUUCAUGUGACAUGGUUGUGCAAAGUUCUGAAACCUUAGACAUAUGUGAAGAAAUUACUCUCAAAAAUAAAACGCAUACUGUAGCUGGAAACUCAGAGCUUAGUAACUCAAAUGUAACAAUUCUAGAGUCAGAUAGAUUAAGUCUGUCAAGUGAUCCGCUAGUGAGCAAAUGCAGUGCAAUAGAAGUUGAGCAACUACCUGUAGAAACACAGCAGAAUGAUAUUCCUUCCGAUGCCCUUCAUGUGAGCCAUCCUCUCCAGGUAACGGAAACUGUCCCUAAAGACUUGGCGCACAGCAGCAAGAAUGCAAACAAUAAUAGAAGAGAAAUUCUAUCAAAAUUAAAGCUCAUAUGUUUGGGUUCAGUCGUUGGUCAACAAGCUCAUUCCAUUUCUGAAGAUGAUGUAUUACUUGUAUAUGAAAAAAUAGGUAGAGUCAGCACAGAGGAACAUAAUCAGACAGUGGAUCCCAAAAAUAUAGGUGGGAAUGUCCAAAUACAUGAUGGAAAUACGAGCACUCCUGAUAAUACAGGUAUAAUGGAGGAAGACACAGUGUCUGACAAAGCUGCUGCUGUUGAAGAUCAUUUACUGCCAGAAAUACCUAACACUACUUUAACUGGUGAGCCUGGGCCUCUUGAGAAAUUGGUAGCGAUUCCUGCUCAAAAUAGCUGCAUAUCCCCAUCCACUGAUGACUUUACUGCCAACACGGAAAAGGAUCUAGACCAAGAGAAGUCAGAUAUUUGUUUCAUUGUAAACACUGGUAGUAUAAGCAAAGAACAGUAUGAUCGCUGGUCUGAAACCUCGGAUGAAGAUAUUGAAUUUAUACAGGCAUAUAAAGAACCUCUGUCUCAUCAAGAAAAUUUAAGUUUCCAGAAGGAAAGACAUGAGCUUAGUUCAUCCUUUGAGAAGCUAACAUUUGACCAUGACCCGACUCAAUCGAAGAAGCCAAAGUACUUUAAAGGGCAAUCUUGCCCAAGUACUAUGUUAUACGAAGCAGAUGACGACCCCAGCAAUGGAAAUCAUGGGAAUGUUAUUGUUACUAAAAGUAUUAGUGACAAUGGUAAGACGCUGCACACAGCCCACAGGGAGAGUAGGCAUACAGGCAUGUGUAACCUGGACAAUUUAUUCUCUAAUAGAAGAAUGGUUUCAGAUAAUAUAACCCAAAACACUCUUGACCUGGAACAUUUACGUUUUAUGUGUAAGUUAAAGGCGGUUUUAAGAAAGUCCACCGCAGAGAAACAUGUUUGUGAACCUCCUUUUCAGACCAUGUUUGAGUCCAAAAGGAUUCCAGGAUGUUCAAGUUCUACAGCUAAAAAUAGAAGUCCGCUUGUAAUCACUGUACAUUGUCCCCACCGCAGGAGAGACCUUGAAAGACUUGAUAGGCGGUAUCCAAGCCAACCUUACUAUAAUGAUGAAAUUUGGAACAGACCUGUAUGUUAUUCAAGGACUACAAAAAAAGUUAGAACGCGUCGAUCUUCUCCUUUUCAUUUUAGUCGGUUAAGGUAUGAAAGUACUCCGCAGAAAUCUAACAGUGACAUUGCAGUUAUUCUUAAGGAGUGUGUGCAGUCCAAUCACUUAAAGUUGAGUAGUGUCGGUUUGGGUAACAGUGCAGUAGAUCGGACUUCAGCCAGUCAGCUGGCAGAGGAGACUGGUUGUCAGGCAAGAAGGACAUCUGUACCAUUCUCCAAAUCACAUCCUGUUAAAAACAUAAUUUCCGAGCUCUGCCAAAGCCUGCACUCUAGGCUACGCAGUGUUGGAAGAGAGACUAGAAAAGAAAAUAUAUACUUUUACAUUUGUGAGACCAGUGAUGAUACUUUCUUCUCAUCAACAAAGAGCUUAAUGACGAAGGAUGGCCACACUCAGACUGAACCACAGGGCUUCUGCCGUGGUGAACAUACAGAGUCAAGUAUGCUGUUAGUCAUCAUAAGGAAUGAAGAUAUAUCUUCUACUAUAAACAAGAUUCCAUGUUUGCUGCAGCUAAGGCUUCUCCCCAAUGUAACCUUUGCUGGUGUGGAUGCCCCAGAGGAUAUAACAGAGUCUACGUACCAGGAGCUUUUCCAAGCAGGUGGAUUUGUGGUUUCUGAUAAAACUGUAUUGGAAAACAUAACUUUGGGUAAGCUCAAGGAGCUUCUUACCGUUAUGGAGAAGAUGAACAGAACCUCCGCUUGGAAGUGGCUAAUUCAUUACAGGGAAAAUAGGAAACUUAAAGACGAUAAAAGAGUAGAGUCUGUUUCUCAGAUAAAGACGUCUCUGCUUAAAUCUUACUACCAAUCAAAUAUUAUUGAAAUCCUGCCUUAUCACCAGUGUGACAAGUUGUCUAACGAAGUAUCAGAUGAUCUGGCAUGUCUCCUGAGUGUUCAGAGUCAGCGUAUCCAUUCCAGACUUGCUGUCUAUUUGACAGACACACCAUGCACAAUGGCUGAGGAGUUUGAACAAAAUGGGAUCCUUGUGUAUGAUGUUGAUACGUUCAUAAGAAAAAUUCAGAAGGUGGAUGCGCAGCUCCAAGCUUCAUGUUGGUCAUGACGCAUAAAAAGGUCAUCAAGAUAGCACAUAAUAAAUAAAGAUUUACAUGUCAAUAACAUUUUUGUAAAUAAAUAUAGAAACAAAACAAACGGAAAUACAGCUCCAGUUUGUUGGUAACGGCACUAGGCAAUAAUGUUUACCUGGUGUAUUGCAAUUUUAAAUCCGUACCUUUCCUUAUGACACAAACAGCCACGUGUCUGCUCUUAUUUCUGUCUAUAUGUAUGUGUUCAUUUACUUUGCACCUUCAAACUAUAUCUGCUGGGGAUAUUUUUACAUAUGGCUUCCUGACUGCUAGACCGCUUUAACAUUGGUUCUAUUGUGUAAGAGCGUGUACAGCCACAUAAUGUUUUGUUUAUUGCAUCUAGUCUGAAAAUAUAACUGUAUCAGGCCCACUAAACAUUACAAAUUAUAGGAAAAACAGCUAGCCACGUUAGUUAGUGGGGUUUUUGUUUUGUUUUAAACCUUAAUACUAUUUUUAAAAUAUCUAAAUUAUUUGCUUUCAUAGGAAUUAUAAUAUAAAAAAUAUUUUGUUUUACAGAAUGUUAUUUAUAAGUAGUUAAAAUAAUACUUUAUGUAUAUCUCAAUUUAAAUACUAUAUGUUUUGUCUUCUGGUGUGCUUUGUAAAUGUACGCACAACAUUAAGCUAUUACAAAUAGCUUAAAAACGAGCUAGUAAUAUAAAACCAUGUAUGUUACAAAUCAACACUUGUACAAAUGAUAUGUUUAAAUAUUUUUUAGUUUUUCCUCUUUGACUUCCUGUCUUGUCAGCUGCAAAGUGUGUGUAGUAGAUUUUGUAAAUAGAAAGGUUCCACAGCUCAUUUCCGAUGAUUUUUUUUUUUGUAUGAAAAAUGUACAGUAAACGUAAUAGAAUUACUUUAUUGACCUGUUUCAAA